UCGUGCGAACAGCGAAAGCGAAGCAGCUCCAGGCCGGUGACAGCGGAAGAAGGCCAGAUUGCGCGUGGAUCCCAUCGUCGCGGUGUUGUGCGGAGGAAUCACCGAAGGCAUGCGGUCGCCGCUUCUGGGACUGUUGCUAGCACUGCUUGCGACAACACUAGAUCCAGCGCAUACUCAACAGCCGCUGAGCACCCAGCGCCCAGAUCUGUGUGCGGAAAGUCAGCUGCAGGAGGCCCGGAGUCUGCUGCAAAAUGCCGUGGCUAGGAUGGGAACCACCCUACCCGAGAGCAUUCCUGUGCCCGGUGUUUCUUCUUCCGAGUACACCCUGUACAACGGCACCCUAUCGCCUCUGCUUCUUACCGACGUCAACGUGACUGCGCAGGAAGCCGUGUGUAGGGAUGACGCACGGCACUUCCCAUUCGUCAUAGGAGUUGGCACGGAUGGGACUAUGAGAGGCAUUUACCACUACCACUGCGCGGGCAACAACGUUACAACUCCUGAAGAUCGCGGCCGAGUGUCUGUGGCGUUUUCCGGCGUCUCUUUCAACGGCAAGCUCAGCCAGCAGCUCAUUGGUGGAGACGGAAGUGGCAACGUCGGCGGUAGUUCCUCCUCGCCACAGCCAGUGUGGAGCGUCGGGGUUACUAUGCGAGCGUAUCCUUCGUUCUCGAGCAUAGCCACGAGCCCGCAAAACACUCAAGUGAGCGGAGUGCCCUACUUCGAAAUGAUGCAGGCUGCCGACCACAGCUUCGUGCCCGUGUUCGCCAAGCUGCCGGAGACGCACGUGCUGCCAGCCCUCAAGGAGGCCCUUGGAGCUGAAUAGCUGCCCCGAAAGUGUGCGAUGCACCCAACAAACUUUGGGGAUUGGAGUUUGUCUAUAAGCACUGCCAUGGUCAAAGUUUGAUUUCAACUAUUCCAUCGCCACAACAUCGGUCGAUCACUUGAUGUUUAUUUCUUGAAAAAAAAAAUAGGAAAACAACUUAGAAAUAUAGUGGGUGUAGUUUUCGCUAAGAAAAAAUAUUCUGCUGAUGUUAACGAAACAUCUAGCGACAUGCAAGAGAAAAGAAUGCUGCCAAAUAAGUACAUUUAGCGCUUUGUGCUACAUACUUGUGUGGGUGGUUGGUUGUCGUGCUAAUUGGAAAUCUUAGUUCUGGGUAACGUUCCGAAUCUUGCUUGCUUUGUUCCAAGUGAUAAACACAAUAGGUGAAAAGUCAAACAAAAAGAAGUUGUGUUUCUAUAGACUCUAUGACACGAAAUUUUGGAACUUGUGUCUUGAAUUGCACGUUAAAUCGUGAACUUAACACAGCAAUCUUCCAAAUUUGAGUGUGUUCAGUGCGGUAGAAAAUUGGUAUUUGAACGUUUCUAACGCAUUUCAACAGUACAGCGGUAUACUAACAGUAAGUAGUGAAGAAGCGAAAUGGGCCCGCGGAAGCUGUUGUGCUCAGAGGAAAGAAAGGCAGUCUCCAAGCUCAUGCUUUUGUGGACAGCACACAUCAGAAGUGAUUGCGCAAAGGGCAAACACAUCAAGGCUGCAAUGCGUCAUUUCGUUUUCAAAUGUCUGUUUCAGCGGUUUGCUACUGCUUUAUCUUAACGCGUAGAUGAAUUGCGGGCACAGUUCAACGGCGAUGCCCACGCUGCGCCAUUGGAUGCCAUAACAUGGGUAGUGGUAGGGGCAAGGACAGCAGCGGCUCCUCAGUUGCUGAAGUGAGACAAUUCAUGACAAAGUGGCAGUCGCUGCUGGUGGGAUGGGCCUUGAAGCCGCGAUAUAAAAUAACACUUUUCCGUUAAAAGGUGCUCUGAGAAUCCAGUUUUUUAGAACCAUAUUCACCCCUAUACUCCCAUUAACAAUGAGAAGCUCAUAAUCGAUGGACAACCGCGUCGUGGUACCUAUAGGACGAAAAUCGCCAUUAAUAAAAUAGUAUUGAGCCACACUGCACUGCACAGAGUACGCCAGUAUCAGAAACUGUAGAACGUGAGACUAUCCAGAGGAGCUUAUUUCAUAUAAAAACAGAUGCAUUAAGGAUCACAGCAUACAGCCUAAAUAUAACGUAUUCACUGUACGAUGAACCAGAAAAUCUAAAGCGGGAAUGUUCAAAAAGAAACUCGCGAUAAGAUCUGCAGCGCGUACAUAACUCACGCAAUAGCUACCAUUCGAAAUUAUGUUUUAGAAGGUGCACGUUUCCUAAGAAUUCAAACAAUAAAGUCAUGGUGUGUGCGAAAGCGUGAACAUUCAAGCUUUCUUAUAUCCAAAAUAAAAAAGUUUUUUAUAACGCACCCUCCUUUCUUUCACAAAUGGUAUCGACAAUGCUUUUACAUUAUCUGAAACGUGAUUUGCAAGGAGACAAACAUCCUUCAUUGAGAUUCCUGAGGCUUUCUUUUAUUUUUAAAUGAACAGGAAGAAAAUUUACGUCCACCGGAAGUGAAGCAUAAUUCCACUUGUCAUGCUGAACUGAAGUAAUCGCGAUAUUGUUGAAAACAAAUUGAACUGUCUUUGAAAAGGUGUUAUGUGGCUUUAAUGUUUCUUAAUGGUACAAGCGAUGUUUUAAAUGCAGCCUGAAUCGUGUUACGAUACGCUCUCAGACAGCCAAUAAAAAUACAAAGUAUGGCCC